GCGACUUCCAUUCCCUCUCCCCGACCACAUCUUCCAUCUUCUGUGCUUUCAGAUACCCGACAUCUUUUGAUCUUUCGCAACCCCCUCCGCUCCCCCCCAGUUACGCCCUCCCCCGACGGAAGUUGUCUCUCCGUCCGCUCCGUUUUCCAAAACCGCUGCCCCGCCACUGUCUUGUGUAGACUACAUCGCCGUCCUCGAACAACCCCGUGUCGAACGCAUACAGUCACCGCUCCCUCCCCGUUGGCGAACUUCACCACCUGGCCUACCGGCUCUGGGAGCAUCGCAGCCCCAACGGCCUCGUCCAUCGGCCAUGACGAAGCCGCGGCUCAUCAUCCUGGUUCGCCACGCGCAGUCCGAAGGCAAUAAGAACCGCGAGAUCCACCAGUCGAUACCUGACCACCGUGUCAAGCUCACGCCCGAUGGCUGGAACCAGGCGCACGAAGCCGGCCGCCGCCUGCGCAACCUCCUCCGCCCCGACGACACCCUCCACUUCUUCACCUCGCCGUACCGCCGCACGCGGGAGACCACCGAGGGCAUAUUGUCCACGUUAACUUCAGACGAGCCCGGGCCCUCGCCCUUCCGCCGCGCCAACAUCAAGGUCUACGAGGAACCCCGCCUGCGCGAACAGGACUUUGGCAACUUCCAGCCGUGCAGCGCCGAGAUGGAGCGCAUGUGGCAGGAGAGGGCCGACUACGGCCACUUCUUCUACCGUAUCCCAAACGGCGAGAGUGCCGCUGACGCCUACGACCGUGUGAGCGGCUUCAACGAGUCUCUCUGGCGGCAGUUUGGCGAGGACGACUUUGCGAGCGUAUGCGUAUUAGUGACGCACGGCCUCAUGUCGCGUGUCUUCCUCAUGAAGUGGUACCACUUCACUGUUGAGUACUUUGAGGAUCUGCGCAACGUUGAUCACUGCGAGUUCCUCAUCAUGCGCAAGCAAGAAAACGGCAAGUACCUCCUUGAGACGAAGCUGCGCACCUGGUCCGAGCUUCGUCGCGAGCGUGCUCUCACCCUCGCAAAGGAUGGGGCUGGCAGCGGCACCGUAAGCAGCAGCAACAGUAACAGCAACGGCAAUGGCAACGGCGCGGCCAAGGACGAGACCAAGCUCGAGCGCAACAAGACCUUCGUGGUAACGCGGCGCUGGGGCGGCUGCCCAGACGGCUGCAACCACACGAGUCACUACAAGAAGAGGCACGAUCUCGAGGCUUUGCGCCAGAAGGACAUAGAGCACAGCGCUCAGGCCAGCAACGGCAGCAGCAGCAACAACGCGGGGCUGACGAUUGCGAGCCGGAGGCAGCAGCACCGUCAUCAGCAGCUCAUCAGCUCCGACGACGGCGACGACGAGCAGAGCGACUACCGCCCCGCUCCCACUGUCGAGGUCAUCGCCACCCUCACCCCCGACGCGCCUCUGUCCUCACCUGACGGCACGCCCUCCUUCAUCACCGCCGAGGACCGCGUUCGCGCCCUCAAGUCCCCGCACCUGCACGUCGGGCGCGACUUUGGCGGCACGUACUCGGGCCACGCCUCUCUCGCUGGGAGCGAUAGCGACGCCUCUGAAGACGAGGCCCAGGAGCAGCAACGGCACCGUCUCGCGGCCAUCAACGCGCGUUUCCGGCCACCAGCCCCUAACGGCGCCGGCGCCGGCAACAGGAGCUGUGGGACCAGGGCGGACGGCCGGGCCGGGGGGGAGAACGGCUCGGACAAGGGUUCCCGCGUAGGCGAGUUUGUCAACCGCCUUGGGGACGCACCUGCAGGCACCGACGACGCGCGCCACCGCGCGGACGCACCCGGCCCUGCGUCCGCGCACGACUCUGGCAUGGAGGACCUGGACCGUGCCGAGAAGGAAGACCGGAGCAUCCGGGGCAGCGUCUACUGAAGACGGCGAGGACGAAUGCGACGCGGCGGCGGCGGCGGCGGGGCACCCACCUUAUGGGCGUUUUGAAAAGCGCAUCAAGUGAUGGAAUGACUGGCUGGGCUGGGCUGGGCUGGCUGGCCCUCCUUUGCUGCACCGACCAAACGAUUCGAGAACCAUGUUGGACGGACCUUUUGGCAGCGGCGUAUAUGCUCGUGAACAACAAAACGAGCAUAGCGCACAGUACAUGACAGUACAGCAUAGUACGGGAACGGAGAAACGGGACGGGAAUAUGAUGACGGGCACAGCCCGGUAUAGCAGCGGCGUUGGGUCGAACAGAUUACGUAGACGCACGUAACCGAUGUCCUUCGGACCAUGGAUCAAAUAAAACAAAAUGGUACAAAGUGAGCGUG